AUGGACCAAGGUGUAAUUGCUACCUUUAAAGCAUACUAUCUGCACCGAGCCUUCAGGCAAUGGGUGGAACGUUUAGACGAUAUAAUAGGAUUGGAUAAAGAUAGGAAAUUAUCAAUUAAGGGAAUCUGGAAAAAUUUUCAUAUUCUCAAGACUGUUGAAAUUAUCGAAGCUUCUUGGCAAGAGGUAACUAGUGGCACAGUGAACAAAGCCGGGCGUAAAAUCUGGCCAAAAGCGAUUGAGUCUCCUUCUGGCAUUGAUAUCGACAGCGAUGCAGAAAUCAACAGAGAAAUUCUUGAGAUUGCGAAAACUAUAGGCUUUGACGAAAUUGAUGAAGAGGAUAUAUUUGGCGUAAUUAAUACUCUUGAAGUGCCACUUUCCAACGAAGAAUUGUUGAAUAUUGUAACAGAUGACACAAAAUUGGUACAACAAAAUUUAGACAAGGGAGGAAAAGAGUUUCCAACCAGAAAAAUUCCCAAAUUUUUGGACCACAGUGAGAAGGCGUUGGAGUAUUUGGAGGAUGAACGAGACAAUGAAAGAAGGCAGACGGUGUCCCUUUCAAUAAGUAAAAGCGUUGAAUGUUAUCGGGAAUUGUACAAAUCGAGAAAACUUGAAGCAAGUCAGACAACUUUAAGUAAAUUUUUAAAACCGUCAACAUCUGGGACAGCUUCUCAACUGCAAACCUCAGCAGGGAUUCAUCGUGAUUUGUCAUCAAUCAUCAGUUUAAUGGGAGGCUCUUAA